AUGCAGGAUGAAACUGGAAUUUACAAAAAUUUACUAGAGGAGACCACUCACCGAGCCAGGUUAAAACUUCCUCUUUAUACUGCUAUCCGUGCUGGGCUGGCCUUUGCCCCUUUAUUUUCUUGCCCAGUCGAGCUCAACAGGAUGACUUUUGCUGGGGAGCCAGCCAAAACCAAAAGGCAAGCUCAGAAAAGUGCUGCAAUGGCUGCCUGGUUUGCGCUGAAAAACUUGAGAUUUAAUACAGAGAUGCAUGUUUCUGUUAAUUCUCCCUUGCCAUUACUUGCCCGAGUUGCCAUUCUUGCCUUUGUAAUUUUUGAUUGUGCCAUCGAGAAAGGUUUACUUAGCUAUGGCAUUGAGACAGAAAAACAUGCAGCAGCCGAGGUUGCACUUAGAUCGCUUUCACAAAGAGGCCCAUCAAGAGCACUAACUGCAAGAGUUUUGGAUGAAACUGGAAUUUACAAAAAUUUACUUGAGGAGACCGCUCACCGAGCCAGGUUAAAACUUCCUCUUUAUACUGCUAUCAGUGCUGGGCCGGCUUAUGCCCCUUUAUUUUCUUGCCCAGUCGAGCUCAACAGGAUGACUUUUGCUGGGGAGCCAGCCAAAACGAAAAAGCAAGCUCAGAAAAGUGCUGCAAUGGCUGCCUGGUUUGCGCUGAAAAACUCGGCGCAGCAAGAAUCUUGCUCUUCUGUAUCAAGCCUUGGACGAAAGGAUGAGCAAGAACAAGUAACUGUUGCUCGUUAUUACGCUCGUUUAAAAUUACCUGAGACAAGAAAUCAGCACAGAAAGAGAGGUGCCAAGUCAGAAACCAGUUUGUAUUCCUUUACAGGGGUGCGCCCAGUUUUCUAUUUUUCAAAUGAUACAGUGCCUCGUCCGAUUGGGAUUAAUUCACAAAUUACUAUAGAAGAGAUACAAGAAAAUGCUCAGGGUGAAGAAUGUGAAGAAACAAGGGUUAUCCAUGAGGCCAACUCUGCUCAGUGGAGGGUGAAUUCCCCGUCUAAUGCAUCCUUAAUGCCAACAGAGGCUCCAGACUAUUGUGAAUCCUUCAACAAUAAUCCCAGCUUGAGAAGGGAAGAGUUUCCAAGCGAGAAAGGUGAAGUCGAGAAAAGCAGAUCCGUCCAUGACAUCAGAAACUCUGUGCCUAGUUCUUCGAGGCCGACUAGAGGUCCCUUGGCAUGUCCACCCUGCGCCACAUUGAGGGCCAGAACUGCUGAUGGUGAUUGGUGCUUUCUCAACCAGAUUUAUUCCAGGAGGAUCAACUAUUUCCUCGCCAGACUCAACACCAAGGAAUGCAGUUUAUCCAUCUUUACGCCUACCAUUGUUCAAUGGCAUGAAAAUUAUCAGAGGUACAUCACAUGCGGGUUCCAUGGCACCAGCGGUUCAGAAUCUAUCAAUCUUGCCCGUGUGUUCAACUCCUCCAGUCAGAGAAAAUCCUGA